AUGUUAUCCGCCAUCGGUACAUCCAUCCCUCACAUCCGCAUUUCCCCUGCUUCGCCAGUCAAGGCAUGUCCAGAGCCCUACUCCCCGUUUCUCUCCGCACGCAACACAGACAAGGAUGAUUGCGAGCACCGCCCUCAGUCGCCGAGCCCCCAGUAUCACUUUCCAGCCAUAUCUCCCAGGCAUUCGUCUCCUCUUCGUCCUGCAGACUGUCCUCCUCCAAGAGAACUUCAUCGUGAUCAGUUUGAUCUGCUUCUCGAAGUGUCGCGUGACAAGAGAGCUGCGCUCGGUUCGAGAAAGGUCCCAGAUCUGCGCAAGGAACUUGCCAUCAAGAACCAGAGAAACAAACAACUCGAACGUCGUGCAUCCUUCCUAUCAAGAAUCCAGGAACCUACGUUGUCUACUACAGGUUCUAAGAUUUCUGUGGAGUUCCCUGGCGUUAAUUAUUGCACAUUCCCAUCUCUCGGCCUCAGCUCACCGUCUUUUAAUUCAUCUGCCGAGGAGCAUGAUGGUUGGAUUAGAAACGGCCUCCGCGAGCGCCGCACCUGGCACGAACAGACGGAUUGUCGUUUACCUAUCAGCAAGCCCAAGGCAGACCUGAACUUGGGUAGACGCAAACUUCCAUCGCUGGAAGAGAUCAUCGCCCGCGUUGGACCACCCCAUCCUCCCCCACCGAUGGCCAAUGAGCCAAUCUUUGCAACACCCCGUCUACCCAUGUUCCUAAGGAGCGACAAAAACUCAUCGUCUACACGGACUGUCUCGGACACGAAACCUAGUAUCAACAUCGGCAGAUUACACAUGCCUGUCAGGCGCCGUCAGAGCAGUGACUCUAUUUCUCAUAUGCGGACAAGCGCCAUGCCCAACUCUCCUUGUUACCCGAACAUCGCGGUAGCCAGUCCUCGUGCUCGUGGUAAUGCGAUAUGCGAGUUCACUGAGUCCAAUAUGCACGCCCUUGGCCGAGCCAACACUGCUCGUGAAAUGAUUACCACCAUCAAACGUCGCACGUCCCCUCCUCUCGUAUGCCUCGCAAACCAUCAACCUAGGUCAAAGAGACACAGCGCUCCCGCGGAGAUGCAACUAAGAGGACGCUCUGGCUUCGAGCAUCCAAUUAUGUCACUGCCUGGGGCUUUUUGA